GGACCACCGUCAAACGUCAGUCGUAUAGUGUAUUCCAAACCGAGCACCCAAAUUUCUGAGAAUUACAUCACAAUGUAUCCCGCCGACUUUCUAUAUUUAUAACCUCCUUAACCGACAACAGCAACUUUCCAUGUUAUAGUCGAUACGCACCUAAAACAUGGCUGGCAAAGGCGACAAGAUCGAGAAGAUCAUCGCCCGCCUGCAGGCGCGGAUCACCGAGGGGCAAUUCUACGAAGCUCAGCAGCAGACCCGCGUGGUAGCAGCACGGUACACGAAGGCGUCUAACUGGGACGCCGCCAUCAGCAUCCUCUAUAACGUCGCGCAGUCGCUUCUCAAGGCAGGCCAGGGCGGGAGCGGUGGCGACCUCUGCGUGUUGCUAGUCGACAUCUACAAGCAGGCGGAGCUGAAGCCUGACUCCGCUACUAAGGGAAGGCUACUCACAUGUCUGCGGUUAUUCGAUAGCGAAGAGCCUACUCGCAAGAAAUACAUAGGGGAGAUGAUAUCAUGGUCCUCCAAAUUCGGCGAAUACCCCGCGGGCGAUCCCGAGCUCCACCACGUCGCUGGCUCUUUGUACGCUGAAGAGCACGAACCGUACGACGCAGAGAGACAUUUGCUUCUAGGUACGAAGGAUUCCGCAGAAGUUUUGGGUCGUCUAGAAUAUGAGUGGUUCAAGGAAGACGAUGCGCACACAGCCGCCUUAUACGCUGCCCGAGGGGUUCUGCCUUAUCUUCUGACAGGCAACGUCCGAGCAGCCAACACAUGCUAUCGACUCUUUACCAGCGCUCUGAACCAAGACAAGCAAAGUCAGCUUGGAAUUCAAGACGUCAGCAGCGCUAGCGCCGACAUACGAAUCUACCCUAGCAUACCCCUCCUCAACUUCUUAGGCCUCCUCUUACUCGCCAUCCAGAGAGCCAACGCAGAUCUGUAUAAGCAACUGCAUAAUAAAUAUGCCACCCUUCUCGGAGAGGUAGAACCAUGGCAUGAAUCCUUGGAGAUGAUCGCCGAGAUGUACUUCGGAAUCCAGAAGCCUCGGCAAAGCAACCCUCUGAUGGAUAUGAUGAGCGGAUUCCUCGGUGGUGGCGGCGGCGCUCCGGCAAGCGGGGGUGCGAAGAGACCGGCGGUGAAGGCUCCUACGUCGAUGCCGGCGGCUGAGGGACUGGAUUAGAUACAUAACCACCUAGACAGGUAGUUUUAGAGCUACGUAGAAGCAGCAGCAUCGCAUCCACCUAUUUGCAUAGCUCGAGUAAUCAGACCCCUUUAGUAGUUCCAACUGAUCAUUCACUGCAUUCGUGGUUGUUCCUCCGGCUCGUACAUCCAAUUGUCUUCAGAUAACGCAGCAACUUUUGCUCUCAUACUGGCUCGGAGUGUUUCAAGAAC